AUGACAGCUAAAAGGUCAAGAUCAAAUUCAAGGAGUACAGGAAGUGAUGCCCCUAAUUUGCAACCGCCUCCGCUCUUAUUUCAACAGGAAGAAGAUCAAAGUCUAGAGAAUGAUAAUAUCAAUCCUAUUGCUACUACAUUGAUCGCAUCUCCCAAGAAGACAACUGAAAAUCAACAAGUAGGAUUAACCAAACAUAGAUAUACCAACAUUUUAAUACUGAAGUCUCUAAAUGGAACUUUUGAAACCAAAUUUUUAAUCAUACCUUAUUUACCAGAAACUUUGAAACUAGGUAGACCUGUUACAAAUAACAGUAACAAUGGCAAUUCGCGGAAUUCUAUCAUACGUUCAGACAAUGGUAAUUUUGAUUCAAGGGUACUGUCUAGGUCACAUGCAUCAUUAUUUACUGACCCAAGGACAAAUACUAUUUUUAUCAAAGAUUUAAAUUCAAGUAAUGGGACUUUUUUAAAUAAUUCCAGACUCUUAGCUGAUCAAAAUUAUAAAUUAAAUAUUGGGGAUGUAAUUGAUUUGGGCACUGAUAUUGACAAUAAGCUAGAACAUAGACGCAUAUCUGCAUUUGUGGAAGAUAUUUCACUGAUUCCCAUACUUUCAACAUCAACCUUAAAUACUAAUCCUAGUGCUUCAGGUAUAUCUACUCCCAUACACUUAAGUUUAAAUGCCCAAAGAAUAGCAUUUGAUGCUGCAAUGUUUGGUGAUAUCAGUGAUUCUCAAGACGGGCAAGCAGAUUUAAAUGAUGAUUUAUUAGGGAAAGAUACAAGUAUUUUAAGUGGCAUUUUUAUUAAUAGUUCUACAGGAACAUCACCUAAUAUUAUUUCAAUGAUAAAACUUUUAAAUACCGAGAUAUCUUUAGAAGAAUAUGAAAAUGAUAAAUUAGUCAAAUUAAAUAAGUAUUUGAAAGAUUAUCGAUUGAAUAUGAAAUCCUUGUAUUAUAGAGAUAUUGAGGAACUGCAAAAAAAUUUUAAAAUGGUGAAAGACUCAAUAACAAAAAAUUAUAAUGAAAAAUUAGAAACUUUAACUAGAAAGAAUAAUAACAACCUUGAUAUAUUACGUGCAGAAAUUGAAAGUUUAAAAUUGCAUAUUAAUCCUGAUCCUUCUGAAGUUGCAAACCAGCAUAGUAAUGAUAUAACUGACAGCCCUGAUUCUUCAAAUUAUAAUUCUAAAGUAUCGGAAAUAACUUCGCCCAAGAUUGAUGAGCUGAGACAGCAAUUAAUCACUCUUAAACAGGAUUUAGAAUUGCAGAAGUUAGAGAAUCAUUCUUUAACUCAAAAAAUUAUUAAUGACGAUGGCUAUAAUACUUCCAACAAAAGCAACAAUCCGAAUGGUACUACCCAAGAAGAAGAUGAAAAGGUAUGGUCCGGACCUGGCCAAGUUAGGGCUGCCUUAUUAUUAGGUGCGAUAGGCCUUGCAUUGGGAUGGGUAUUAACUUAA